AUGGAUAAAAGCAAGAAUAGUGUAGGAGAAUCGUCCGGGUCUAAACUGAACCCGGAUGCCAAGCCCUUUAGAGCUCCAGCAAAUGUACCUCGGUUUGAAACAACCCCUAUCGAUCGUGAUAGAACCUUGUUCAUGAAAUUUUCCGCUGAUUUCCCACCAAUCUCUCAGCAAGAAAUUCAAAACUACUUUACAGAGCGAUUUGGGAACGACUGCAUUGAGAGCCUUUACGUACCCAGGCGAAAUGAAAGAGAUUCAGAGUUGGGAAUCAUUACAUUCUCUAGACCAUUGAUUCCUAUUGUGAUAAUGGGACGAUGGGAAGAAAUAGUGUUGUUUAUCUGCACUAGGCCCAUUCUUUUUAAGAGAUUCUUGGGAAGAGGUGGUGUUAAUUAA